AGUCGCCUGGAAGGCGUAUUUAAGAAACUCACUGUCACGUCGAACCCGCACAGAGACCGCAGCUCUCCGUUACUGACGAUCAGGUUGUUCUGCCUUCCGGAUUCGAGUGUUACCGAAGAAGCCGCUUCUCGAGUGCCUUCUUAUUACUCUGCUCUUUCGUGGACACGUGCUUGUCCUUAGCUCUGCAGCGUACUUGAGCAUUCUCUCACCUUCGGAAUCAUCGCUCCAGUGUUCUUGGAUGUGCCAACCGUAGGUGCCUUGCUCAUCGCCGGCUGCAAGAAAUGAUCCUGAUGGAUACGCUCUACGAUAAUGGCAUGUUCGCCAUCCAGUCACUGCAGACCAGGUUUCAGCACCAGCAUGGUCUGUUCUUCGCUAUCUCCAACUUCGGAGAUCCUCGGUACGCCUUCCUCAUCUUCGCGCCGCUCAUAUACUGUCUCGACUGGACGGUGGGACGCCGACUGAUGUGGGUCACCAUCAUCGCCGAGUGGUCCAACCAGGUGCUUAAAUGGAUGCUGCAUGGCGAGCGUCCUUACUGGUGGGUGCACGAAACAGAGAUGUACAACCGCACGGGCACCGGUACGCCCGCCAUCCGGCAGUACUCGUUGACGUGCGAAACCGGGCCCGGAUCGCCUUCCGGCCACGCCAUGGUGUCGGCGGCCAUCUGGUACAUCAUCCUGGACUUUUUGCUGCGUCGCACUGGCGUCGCCCAGCAGAUAGGCAAGGCGUGGACCUCCUCCUUCUACUGGUGCGCCUACGCGGCUCUCCUGUGCAUCGUCAGCCUGUCGCGGGUCUACAUCGCCGCCCACUUCCCCCAUCAGUGCCUGAUGGGCAUGGUCAUCGGCUGCUUCCUGGCCAAGUUCAUGUGCAAGCUCGACACCGACCACGUGACCCGCCAGCAGUACGUCCUGAUCAGCGUGGGUCUGUGCGCCAGUGCGUUGUCUACUUACGGCGUUCUUCGUCUCAUGGGCGUCGACCCUAUGUGGUCCGUCGACCGGGCUGUCAAAUGGUGCGUCAAGCAGGAGUACAUCCACGUCGACACCACGCCCUUCUUCAGCAUGAUGCGCUACUGCGCCUUCCCCUUUGGCAUGGGCCUCGCCAUGACUUCUGACUUCUACCAGCGGGUCAAGUCGACCGAGUUCACCUGGUCCAUGCGAGUGCUGGCCGCUAUCUUGGCCGUCGGCGCCGGCAAGGCUUCUGAGUGGGUCUCGCUGCCCAAGAACAACGUACUCGUCUUCUAUGCCUCGGCAUUCCUCUUCAACGCUCUCUUGGCCGCUACCAUGUUCGGUUUUGUGCCCUACGCGGUGGCGUCUUUAGCGGGAAGCCGUCGCCAGCCUUCGGGAAAGGCAAAGUCGUCGUAGGCAGGGUAGUCUGAGGACGGCGCUGCUUGUCCUCGGCGUCCCUUGCUUGAACAAAUUUCUGUCCCAUACCUCCCCUAGUUCCCUUAGGUAUUUUUAACAAAUUGUUGCCAAAGCGUCCCUACCUGGAACCACGAAACCGCAGGUUCGGGAUAGGGGCAAUGCACUGUCUCCGCGCAGGGUUUGUCAUGCUGGUACGAAAAUCAAACUCCACUAAAGGUGACAAAUUUAAGAAUAGUAAGUAUGCUGUGCAGAUUCACAGCUUUCCAGCUGUAGCCUGAUAAUGCACAGUGGAUUUCAUGGUACCUAAUUGGGUGAAUGUAUUCUUUUUUUCACUUUCUGGAAAAUCAUACAGACCAUGCGCGAAGGCUGUGAAAAGUUCCUCAUGCUUUCAUUGACACUGUACCAAUCCUCAUCAAGCAUACAGUGCGUCUCACUGAACACUCAGUCAUGAUAACCAUUUCAUCACAGUCAUUAUCAAUCAUGAGCAAUUACUGCAUUUUGCAUCAAACUUGUCCCAGAUUGAGACAGAAUCAAGCAUUGUAGAAUUACCGGUUUGGUGCAGAUCAACUCGAACCCAUAGAGAAAUAACAGAGUAAGCAUCCUCUAAGGUAAAUUUAUACAUUUGCACAAUUUAAGUAUCUUUGCAGUCUUGGCUAUUGGCAUUGACUCUUCGACUAUUUCGCUCAAGCAGAUGUUAGAAGAAAGUAGCGGCUUCAUAUACCUUGCCGAUGCGAAGGCGUUGCUGCAAGCAAUUGUCAGGCUUGUAGUGUAUUUUUUCUCCAACGACAUAUACAGCUGUAAACUGGUAAAAACGUUAGUCUGUAACCAUUUUUACCUUGCCACCUGAACACUUUAACAUAUCAUUCCUCACGGACAACUUCAUUGUAAUAUAUCUUCACUGUAAAUAAUUGUACAGAUCUGAACUUUUCGGUUGUGUAUUGUGCAGGUGAUGUUUUAGAGCGCGUGCGUAAUGUCUGGUUAGAUCUUCGUGUCAGUCACAAUGGUAAAUGUGUCCAAGCGUUAUACUACAUGUUUUCAGUGGCUUAACUUUGAACAUGUUUAAUAAAGACAAUUUUGCACGUU